AUGGGCUCUCUCGAGACUCCGCCGCCGCCGCAGGUGGAUCUUGAUGCUGAGUCGCUGGCGCAACUCAACGACCCCCAGGCGAAGGCGCUGCUCGACACCAUUGACAGUCUCCGGGAGAUCCAUGUCGGCGACAUCGUCAACCUGCCGCAGAUCAUCGUCGUCGGCGACCAGUCGUCGGGCAAGAGUUCCGUGCUGGAAGCCAUCUCGCGCGUGCGCUUCCCCGUCGACGGCGACUUGUGCACGCGCUUCGCCACGGAGCUCGUUCUGCGCCGCGCCAGUGAGACAGCCGUGCAAGUCAGCAUCCAGCUCGCGGACAGCGCGCCCGGGCCGGUUGGGCAAGGAUCCGUCUUGGGCCAGCCAUUCCAUAGGGAGGCCUUCGACCGGGAGGCCUUGCCCGACAUAAUCCGCGAAGCCAAGACGCGCAUGGGCGUUUGCGAGGGGAGCGCCAAGAGAUUCUCACGGGACAUCUUGCGGGUCGAGAUUUCCGCACCAGACGUGUACCCUCUGACGCUGGUCGACCUUCCUGGCAUUUUCCACAGCGCGACGGCCGACCAGAACCAGGCCGACAAGGAGAUCGUCGACCAGCUGGUGGCGAGCUAUAUGAGCCAGCCGAAGAGCAUCAUCCUCGCCGUCGUGGCCGCAAACAAUCAGCUCGCCAACCAGGCGGUUCUGCAGGUGGCUCGGAAGCACGACCCGUCCCGCGAGCGCACCAUUGGCGUCAUCACCAAGCCCGACCUGGCCGGACCUGGGUCGGCUAACGAGCGCAAGUACCUGGACCUGGCCAAGGGCCUCGAGAGCAUGCACAAGCUCACCCUCGGCUGGUACGUUCUGCGCAACCCGUCCGAGAGCGAGAGGUCUUCGGGGGUUGACGCCCGAGAUGAUAUCGAGCAGCGCUUCUUCCGGUCCGGCGCCUGGAGCUCCAUCCUGCCGGCGAACAGGGGCGUCGAGAGCCUGCGGAAGCGUCUGAGUAAAGUCCUUCUCGACCACAUCAGGACCAACCUACCGGGCCUGAUCCAAGAUAUCGAAGCAAAUCUGAAGAAGCGCCAGGAGGCGCUGGAUCGUCUUGGCAGCUCGCGGUCGACGCCCGAGGAGCUCCGCUCGUACUUGCUCGGCAUCGCCGAGGACUUUCAGUGGCUGGCCCGCGACGGGAUUGAGGGUCGGUACAGCAAUGAGGACUUCUUUGGGGGCAUCGAGGAGCAGAAGACAAAGCUGCGCGCCAAGCUGCGCAACAUGAACCGCGCUUUUGACGCCGUCAUGAAUCUCAAAGGCGCCCGAUACAAGAUCCUGUGGGACAACAGGGGUGCUGCUGACGAGAAUCCGGGCGAUGAGGAUGCCUACCUGCGGAAACUGAUGGACGAAUACGACGUGCCACACCCAGAACCCAAACGUGAAGCAGAGCUCAAUGCGGAGCUGCAGCUGCAGGCCUCGUUCAACCUGGGCCGCGAAUUCCCCGGCGAAGCCAACAGCGAGCUCGCCCUCCAGCUGUUCAAGAAGCAGGCCAAGCCGUGGAAGAACAUCGCCUGGACUCACCUCCGGAAAGUGUUGAAGGUCUGCGAAGAGUUCGUUGAGGAGGCCUUCCGGCACGUCAUCGGCACCGACGAAACCACCUUCAGUGCUGUCCUGAGCGACUGCGUGGACCCCUUCUUUGCCGAGCGGGAGGAGCUGCUACGUAAAAAGAUGCAGGAGCUGCUUCUUCCCUACGAACAGAGUUACGGGUUGCCACUCGAGGACGAGUUCAGCCUCAAAAUGGAGGAAAAGACGCUCCGCCGACUGGCCGGUCGGCUCGCCGAUCACCUUGGAGAAGUCCACCCUGAACUGUUCCGAAACAAAGCGCGCCUGAGCCGACAGAUGCUCCAGAAGGCCGUCCGUAACCUGGGCCAGGUUCGGCGGGACGAAUUUGCCGCCUCGAGAGUGAUUGAUAUGGCCAUCUCUCAUUAUGAGAUGUCACUGCGGACCUUUGUCGACAACAUCAUCAAUCUCGCAGUCGAGGGCUGUCUGGUCUGCGACCUUCCGAACAUCCUGACACCGAGGAAGGUCGACAAGAUGAGCGCUGACCAGCUGACGGAGCUGGCCGCCGAGUCGGACGAGGUGCAGAGCCAGCGAAUGGUUCUCCGGAGAGAGGUCCGCAUCCUCAGGGAGGGCCUGCGCAGGUGCCAGAGGAACAGGCCGAGAGAGCUGACAGGUGGGUCAGUGACAUUCAACACAGGGAGCGCCGGUCUUUCGGGAGGCUCAGACCCCGGAUGCCGAGCCGCCGCUUCCACCAUGACUCACCGGCCUCCGGCUGCUGCCGCACCAGCAGCGGCCUCCGCUCCGCCCGGAACUAGCCUUUUCUCGUCCUUCAAGUUCAGCGACGCCCUCAACGCUUCAGAGGGAAAACACCCCCCUGCCCAUCCUCCCGCUGCCCACGCCCGUCGACCUGCCCAGCACGCUGCAAACCUUCGUCCCCGCAUCCGCGUCCGCCUCCCGCCUUCCACGCUCUUCCCUUCCACGUCCAACUCGACCGCGACGCGAUCUAACGUCACCACCUUCGGCACCCCCAGCAGUAAGGCAAGCAUAUCUGGUCUGUUUGGCGCCCCGAAUCCAGAGAACAAGGCCGCUGCCGCAAGCGGCACCAGCGCACCGUCACUGCUUGGAGCGAACGCGACAGCUGCGCAGGCCACGACGAGCACAGCCACUACCCCCACAGCCGGUAAAGGUGGGAGUCAAACGAGUACGGGCCGCAGCACAAACAACGUCAUUACCGGCGGCGGCGGAGCGGGCGUUGUCGGUGCGUGAUGCUCGCUCUGCUUCUCCCAGCUCCUCAUUCUCCCCCCUCCACCCCCGCCACCGCCGCCACCAACCAGUCAUUCCUGUCGCCAUCCAACGGGGAGCAUGCCCAAGAGCUGAAGGAAGAGUGGGAAUUUUCGCAGCCCUCUGUUCUAGAAGAAGAGGGGGCUGCGAAUCUCUUCUGGAAGAAGAGACGGCUGCGAUAAUCCUCACUUUUUCCUUCAGCCCUCGGGUAAUACCUAUUCAGGACGCUGACAAGCUGAGAUAUGCCGGGAUGUGAGCAUGUGCCGCUGCUGGACACGUC